AUGGUAGGAAGAGGAGUUGCCACUGUGAGCGCCAUUGUACUGGAAGUAUGCCAGGUUCUUGUUGAAUAUUUGUGGGCUGAAAGUAUUUCAAGUAACAUGCCGAAAUCUCGAGAAGACUUUGAGCUAAAGAUUCUUGACAUGGAGGAAUUAUGGCAAUUCCCUUGCUGCUGGGUGGCACUGGAUGGAUGCCACAUACCCAUCAAAUGUCCUCCCGGCGGCCUUGAAGCAUGUAAAGAAUAUCAGAAUAUUAAAAAAUUUUAUUCAGUUGUUCUGAUGGCCAUGGUUGAUUCUCAUUACCGUUUUGUAUGGGGUAGUUGUGGUUAUCCUGGGAACUCCCAUGAUGCUAUCAUUUUUAGGUCUGCAAACCUUUGGAAUUCAAUCCAAGAUGGCCUUCUACCCAACGUGGGCAAAGCUGUGGGUGAAAUAAAUGUACCACCUCUUAUACUAGCCGAUUCUGUCUUUCCCCUCAGUAUAUGGCUCAUGAAACCCUACACAAAUGUCGUUUUAAGCCCUUAA